AAUUCCCAUCUAUCUACUGCUAUCCAUCCCAUCCCUAAUGACUGGACUGGGUGAGUGAGUUGUCCGGGCUGUGUGCUGCGUGCUGGUGUACGUGACAUGUUUCGCCUACGUAGGUGCAGACACAGACACAGACACAGAGACAGACAGACCAGUAAGAAAAAGUUCAUGCCAUAAAGACCAGCACCAACACACAUCCACACGCGCCAAUGAAUGCCUAGAGGCCAUCGAUGAAACUCUCAGCCACGGCGACCUUCCUGCUGGCCACGGCCGCCAGGUUGCCCAGCACCCUCAGGCUGGCCCCUCCCCCCCGCGUGGCCAUCACCUGGUCGCGAAGGUCGACCUCCAUCUCGCCAAUCCUGACUGUCGGCCGGUAGUGCUGCAUGGCCUCGCUGAUGGCACGCUGAAGGAACUCCUGGCCUUCAUCGGUGGGCGACGAGACGAGGGUCAUGUUGUAGCCCAUGGCCGCCCAGGUCAGGUCCGUGGGGUCGCUCUGCGCCACGACGUGCAUGCUCGAGGCGCUCACACACGAGUAGCGGGGCACCACCGAGGAAAACAGAGACAGCGCCCUCGCGGCGUGGAUCUGACAACAACAGCAAGCAGUGAGUGACACGCAGAGUGCAACCCCGUGCCAUGUUGUGGUGGGGUGUUGUGUGCACUACUCGCUGGUUUACCUACCGGGUCAUCUGCGAGCCACUCUUCCCAGCUGCCUCCGCCCAGCGAUGGCAUAUCCACAUUGGCCGUCGUGACGCACACACUGCCGCUGGGGCACUGAAGCGACCCGCACUCGCCGCCCUCACUCUCGCCAUAGCGCGCCUGCCUGGUUCUGUCGGCGUAUCCUUUCCAUGAGACAUCGUACUUUGGAAUGAUGCUGUCCCAGAAGCCGCACUCGUCGUUCAUGUAGCCGGCCUCGCUGAGGGCACGGCCAGCCGGUGCGUCGUCGCUGAGGAUGGACAGCUUCAUAUACAGCCUCUCGUCGCGAGUGUAGGGGGGCCAGGGGGGCAGGGAGGAGCCGGCAGCAGAAUCACCAUCACCAGCACCAUCUGGCACGCCAGUGUUGGCAAAGUUUCUCCAGUACUGGUGGACUGUCUUGACGGCCUCCUCCUCGGCAGACGUGAAAGCGAAACCUGAACCGGACACACCAUUCAUCCCAUCCAUCCAUUCAUGUACCCUCCCGUCAGCUUCUUCUGUGUUGGUUGCACUGCUGACCCUCUGGCAUUCUGCGUGCGCUUUGCAGCAGCCAUGGCUGGUCCUCCAGGUGGCAUCUGAUCUCAUCCGUGCCGCAGAAGCGGUUGAGGGAGUGGAAAUACGAUCCGGGUGCACUCUUGGCGGUGAAUUUUUCACUCUCGGUGUACGACCACCUGGGCACACAAAGACACACACAAAGACACAACACACACUGCAUUGCCUUUUCCGUAUCUCUCUCUCUGUGCUUCUACCAUGCCCUCCCACCCUGAUUCGUAUGAGGCGAGGUAACACGUGCCCGUCACAUUGGCGCACAGCUGCCUCGUCGAGCACGAGAAUUCCGAAUGGCCGAAGGCACUGCUGAAGGAGGAUGCCGUGUCGGGCCUGUCGGGCGUCAGGCCGAUCGUGGCGGGUUCACCCACACCAUCAAGAGGGUACAGCUCGAGGAACUCGUCCUGGGUUCACACAGAAGACGAGAGAGGGACAGCAUAGGAUGCCAAAUUUGGAAGAAAAUUCGGCGUGUGGUUGUUUCUCUCGUACCGCCCUGGCGCCGAAGAGCCCUUUGAUGGUUGCCAUCCAUGUGACCGGAUUGAAGACGACCUGGGUGAGCAUGUCGGCGAAGUCGCGCGCAAAGAAAUUGAUGGCUUGGCGGAUGAUCACCGUCCCUUCGUGCGGUGUCGACGACAACAUCAGCGGCACAUCAGUGUUGUACUCGCCCUGCACUCACACAGGACAGACACAUAGCGCCAAUCACCGGCCGCAUGCAGCGAUGGUUGGACGGGCACGUCCGCCUAUUCUCACACACCGUGACAAGAGGGUCAUAGCAGUUGUUUGAGAGGACCUCCCCGUCUUCCACCAGCCGCCACGGCGCCAGUAUAAAGAAAUCCUCAAGAAUGAGGUACAUAUUGCCCAGCAGAUUCGCCGCAAGAAGGUCCUUCACAGGUGCGGUCUUGAUGCACUCGAUGUAGGCGUCCAGGUCCCUCUCGGCCUUGUGGACGGGACCGCACGAGGGCGUCAGGGCGGUCAGGGCAAAGUUGCUCUGCGCCGUGGCGAGCUGACAACAGAAGAGAGAGAGGCAAUUGCGUCAGCCUGGUCUGUGGUCCAUUCCCUUUGUGAGCUCACCUCGAGGGAUCUCCCGCUUUGGCAGCAGUCCUGCGAUACUGCAAUCACCUUCUUGAACAGCCGUCCUGCGCUCUCUGACGCGAGAUGGCAGGCGGCACUCACAGCACCCGCACUGAAGCCCACUAGUGUGACGUCACGCGAACCGCCGAAGUGCUGCACACAGACACACAUUGUGUAGGCCGGUCUCUCUCGUCUGCUCUGUCUGGUGUGGCGUGGUGUGCGUGUGUGCGUUGGUCACGUGUAUGUAUUUCUGUAUCCACUCAAGGGCCACGCGCUGGUCCAGAAAGCCCAGAUUCCUCGGCAGAUAAUCGGUGACGAUGCCGCCGAAGAUACCCAAUCGAUAAUUUAAGCCCACGACCACAAGACCUGACCAUACCAGCACAGACACAAACAAGGCGAUAUCAGCUGAGCAAGUGAAAAUCUCUCUCUCCCCCUCUCUCUCCCUCUCUCUCGCGCCCUCACCUGUCCUUUGCGCCAGUGCCGCCCCAUCAGUGAAUGCCGCCCCUGAUGUGCCGCCGUCCCAACCCCCCCCGUGGAUCAGCGCCAACACAUUUCUCUUUUCGCCUCGCUCUCGCACGCCUUUGGGCACCCACACGUGGAGGUACAGACACUGCUCCGCCAGCAAGCCACUCUCCGACAAGCAGAACUGCGGCGACCCAACGACCUGCUUGCACGCGGACGGACAGGCGGGCCCCUUGUUCGUGGCAUCGAUGUGGCCGCCUCCCAGAGGGAUGAGCGUCGGCUUCUCAAAUCUUGGCGCGUCUCCGAACUGGAUGCCCAGGAAGGCCUCUGUGUCGGUAUCUGCCUGGUCGAUGCCCCGGAUCUCUGUACCUGGUAUUGCACGUGUCACGCACAGCCACAAAGUGUCACUCAGAAGUGUGUGUGGCACUGCUUUUGUGAAGUGUGUGCCCACCAUCCGGUAGCUCGAUGACGACCGCUUCUCCGCAGCUGGCGAACACGGCGAGCAACAGCCAGACACAGACACCUCCCCUCGGCACACAGACCAUCUCCCCUUGGCAUCUCAAUGAUCUCAUCAGCGCGGUACGCGAGAUUUGCGUUCGCUGAGGCGCCUGAUGAGCGUUAAACCAACGAGAGGGGGUAGAGCUCUCGGUAGCUUGGCCCCUAUCUCGGCGGUUAUCGUUACCGCUCCCCGCCGUUCCCCC